CUUAGAUUUAAACCAAUCUAUGUGACAACGUUUUGUGUGUAUGUAAGUGUUGUGGAAAACAAAUCAUAAUUAUAAUUAAAUUUGAUGGUUAUGCCAAGCUGAGUUCAGUAGACUUUGUGUAUUUGUUUUAUACUUAAAUUUGUAUUUAAAUAAUAUUUGUAGUUCAUAAUAUUUAAAUUUUAUACACCUAUAAAUUGAAAAUAAUGGCGUCGUCUACAGGAUAUUGGUGUGUCAUUGAAAGCGAUCCGGGUGUUUUUACAGAACUAAUCCGAGAAUUUGGAGCAAAAGGAACUCAAGUCGAAGAACUAUGGAGUUUGGAUGAAGAUCAAUUCGAGCCGCUCAAACCUGUUCAUGGCUUGAUAUUUUUAUUCAAAUGGGUUCAAGGUGAAGAACCAGCAGGACCUAUUGUCAAAGAUAACAGAUUAGAUAAAAUAUUUUUUGCUAAACAGGUGAUAGGCAAUGUUUGUGCUACGCAAGCUAUUCUAAGUAUAUUAUUAAACUGCAAACAUCCUGAUGUAUCAAUUGGACAGAAUUUAGAAGAAUUCAAAAACUUCUGUCAAAGUUUUGAUCCUACAAUUCGAGGACUUACUUUGAGCAAUUCUGAUGUAAUCAGAGAUGCUCAUAAUAUGUUUGCAAGGCAAACAUUUUUCGAAUACGACCAAAAGCAAGAGAAUAAUGACUACGAUGUUUUUCAUUAUGUGAGCUAUGUUCCUAUUGACGGAAGAUUAUAUGAAUUAGAUGGUCUCAAAGAAGGUCCUAUAGAUUUAGGUCCUUGUCCUACCGGAGAUGAAUGGGUUCAAGCUGCUAAACCUAUCAUUCAAAAAAGAAUCAAUAAAUACAAUGAAGGAGAAAUUCGCUUUAAUUUGAUGGCGAUUGUUUCUGAUCGAAAAAUGCUUUAUGAGAGACAAAAAAUGAACACUUGUGAUCCAGCAGAAGUUGCACGACUAGAAUCGCUGAUUGAAGAUGAAGUCAACAAGUCUAAAAGAUAUAAGAUUGAAAAUGCGCGACGUAAACAUAAUUAUCUUCCUUUAAUUGUCGAAUUGUUAAAAGUACUUGCAAAAGAAGGUAAACUUGUACCUCUUUAUCAGAAAGCUAAAGAACGAGCAAUUGAAAAACGAUCAAAGAAGAGUAAUGUUUGAUUUCAUAAGUGACUCAAAAUUUAACAAGCAUUUAAUUAUUAUGUAAUAAACAAAUUAAAUUAUCCAAGCUCCAAUUUUAUAGUAUCAAUCUUUUAUUUAAAAUAUAUUAUCAAUAAAUUUUUCUUAUUUACAUUAAAAUAAAGCUGUAAAAAUCAA